CCUUCACUUGCCCGCCAGCUUUCUUUCACCCCCACUACUAUUUCUCCAGCGUGUUCUUGACCGCUGCGUCCUCGCCUUCCUGCACUUGAAAUUAUAAUACAGCUUGCACGCGCGACGUGUUUCCCGUUUUCGCCAUGGAUGAGGACUACUCUUCUGGGUCCGUGGACGCCGACCGCGAGAUGACCAGACUUUGGCGCACAUGGAGGACAGUCUUUGAGAUGCUUCUGGACCGGGGCUACGAAGUGACCGAAGAAGAAGUGCAAAUCCCACUGGCAGUCUUCAAGACCAAAUAUUCCGACCCUCUCGGAUACCCUGACCGCAACAAGAUGAAAGUCAGCGCGCGCCCCACGGAGGCCAUGCAGAUGAAAUACACGCCGCUGCCCAGCAAAUCCAACCCGACGCCGCAGCCCGACUGCGGUACGAUCUACGUGGAGUUCUGCCCGGACUCGACGGGCGUCGGCACGAAGCAAGUCCGCGCCUUCAACCACUUUGUCGACGAGAACAACUUCCACACCGGCGUCUUCAUCACCCAGACGCCCAUCUCCCCCUCGGCCGUGCGCCUGCUCAGCGGUGUCCCCGGCCGCAUCUGCGAGCACUUCCAAGAGCAGGACCUGCUCGUCAACAUCACCCGCCACGAGCUCGUCCCCAAGCACGUCCUCCUCAGCCCCGACGAGAAGGGCCGUCUGCUCGAGCGCUACCGCCUCAAGGAGUCCCAGCUGCCCCGCAUCCAGGUCUCCGAUCCCGUCGCCCGUUACCUCGGUCUCAGGCGGGGCCAGGUCGUCAAGAUCAUCCGCAAGAGUGAGACCGCCGGUCGGUAUGCCAGUUAUCGCUGGGUGAUCUGAUCGGAUUCGUUGUGCUGGUGGAAGUCAGACUGUGAGGAACUGAGGGUUGUUGGGAGGUUGCUGGGUGGUGACUACGGGCGGAAUGAUCUGAGAGAAGUUGAGGUUCUCAUUCUUUCUCCUCCGGGUGUUGUGAUACAUCAUGGAAGACCAAACUUCGGAUCCGGAGGGUGCGAAUGCGAAUCAAAAGGAACAAACAAACAAGAGAAAAAAUUUGUCUAAUUACAGGCAUCGGGCAGCAUGGCGUAAGGGCGAAAAAGUUUCUAACCAAACUAUUUGAUGUGUUUUUCUUUUCUACUUUCUAUUUUCCUACUUUCAUGGCUUGCCGGUAUAUGUAUUCUGAAUUGGUGCCUUUGUCCUGGCUUUUGGGUGGCUACACCUGAGAUUUCUAUUUUUCU